UUUUAUUUUAUUCAUUACUCUUUUUUUUCUUCUUCUUCUUCUUCUUCUUCUUCUUCUUUCCCAAAAAAGUUGCAUCCUUUAGGAGAAAACAAAUCCUCAAAUUUUUUUUUCAUCUCAGAAACAAACCAGGAAGGAGAAGCAAGCAAAUCUCUUAGGGUUUUAAAAAUUUUGUUUCUCAGGUAACCAAAAUCUGUUUUUUCUCCUCUCUAACCAAAAAAAAACUAACCUGAAUAGAGAGAGAAAGAGAGAAUGAGAGUCUCUCUCUGUCUUUGUCUUUUCCAUUGACCUCGUUUUUUGUUUGGUCCCAAGAAGCUCUGCUCUGGUUUCGAGGGAAGUAUGCAUGGUUAACGAGGCGUCUUUGUGAUUUGAGAUUGAGAAAUUAGGGUUUAUGGAAGGCUUGGAUUUCGUGAAAAUGCUUGUCAAUUAAGACACUCAACCACAAGAAGGAGAUUUUUGAUUUUUUUGGAAAGUUCUCAACUUUGGAUUCAAUUUUGUUGAGGUCUGUGAUUGGGGAAAAAAAAAAAAACAAGGAAUGAUGUUAUCGGCAUCGCCCAACACACUAGCGAAAAGCUCGUUAGAGGAGAUGCUUGAGUCUCUUCGUCAAAAAGAUGAGUGUGAUCGUCUUCCUAAAGAUAUGCCACCGGCCCUUCCUUCUCGUCCUAAUUCAAGAGCGCGUCUUCCUUCUGCUCGCCGUUCGCUUCCUACCAAGUUUAAUGUUUCUACUGUCAUGGAAGAUCAGAACGGGAGUGUUGCUUCUGCGGCGGAAACUGAAUCGGAAAGGAAAGAGGAAGGUGGGAAGAGGAAAGAGAAGGAUUUGGGAGUUAAGAGGAAUAGUUUUGGAAGCAAGAAAAUGAGGACUGGUCUUAAGUCAGAGUCUCCUUAUGCAGCAGAGAAGGAAGAAGAGGUAGGUGUGAAGGUUAGUACUGUUCCUGUGGAGAACACGGAGGACCAUAAACCUGAGUGGAACAAUAACGUUGAGUACUUUAUUAAGAAGAAGCUUCGAGUUUGGUGUCGGGUUGCUAAUGGGCAGUGGCAACUGGGGAAGAUACAGUCUACUUCCGCUGAUUCGUCACUUGUUAUGUUGUCCACUGCAAAUGUUGUGAAAGUGUCUACUGAAGAGCUUUUUCCUGCAAACCCAGAUAUUUUGGAAGGUGUUGAAGACCUUAUACAGCUUAGUUAUUUAAAUGAACCAUCAGUUCUUUAUAACCUUCGUGUCAGAUAUUCACAAGAUGUGAUCUAUAGUAAAGCAGGGCCAGUACUGAUUGCAGUCAACCCGUUCAAGAAUGUCGAGAUUUAUGGAAAUGAUUUCAUCUCAGCUUAUCAGAAGAAGGCUGUGGAUGCUCCUCAUGUUUAUGCUGUGGCUGAUGCAGCUUAUGAUGAAAUGAUGAGAGAAGAGAAGAAUCAGUCUAUUAUUAUAAGUGGAGAAAGUGGAGCUGGGAAAACUGAGACAGCAAAAUUUGCAAUGCAGUACUUGGCAGCUCUUGGUGGAGGUAGCUGUGGAGUAGAGUAUGAAAUCCUAAAGACAACCUGCAUACUCGAAGCUUUUGGGAAUGCCAAAACAUCAAGAAAUGCUAACUCUAGCCGAUUCGGUAAACUCACCGAAAUUCAUUUUAGUGCAAUGGGAAAGAUAUGUGGAGCAAAACUUGAAACUUUUCUGCUAGAGAAGUCAAGAGUGGUUCAGCUGUUCAAUGGCGAACGAUCCUACCAUAUAUUUUAUGAGUUGUGUGCAGGUGCUUCGCCGAUUCUAAAAGAGAGACUGAAGCUUAAAACCGCAAGUGAGUAUACCUACCUGAGCCAGAGUGAUUGCUUGACCAUUGACGGUGUUGAUGAUGCUCAGAAAUUUCACAAACUACUGGAAGCAUUUGACAUUGUUCAAAUCCCUAAAGAGCAUCAAGAGCGUGCAUUUGCAUUGCUUGCUGCAGUGUUGUGGCUAGGGAAUGUAUCGUUCCGAGUUACUGACAAUGAAAAUCAUGUGGAGGUGGUAGCAGAUGAAGCUGUUACCAAUGCUGCUAUGUUAAUGGGCUGCAAGUCAGAAGAGCUUAUGGUGGUUUUGUCUACCCGUAAACUUCAAGCUGGUACGGAUUGCAUUGCUAAAAAACUGACGCUGCGGCAGGCAACUGACGUGAGGGAUGGAAUAGCAAAAUUUAUCUAUGCAAACCUUUUCGGCUGGCUUGUUGAGCAAAUAAACAUUGCACUUGAAGUCGGUAAAUCACGUACGGGAAGAUCUAUUAGCAUCCUUGAUAUAUAUGGGUUUGAAUCGUUUAAGAAUAAUAGCUUCGAACAAUUCUGUAUAAACUAUGCAAAUGAGAGAUUGCAACAACACUUCAACCGGCAUUUAUUCAAACUUGAACAAGAGGAAUAUGAAGAAGAUGGAAUUGAUUGGACUAAGGUCGAGUUUGUUGACAAUCAAGAGUGCUUAGAUCUAAUUGAGAAGAAACCCAUUGGUUUGUUGUCUCUACUAGACGAGGAAUCAAAUUUUCCAAAAGCAACUGAUUUGACCUUUGCCAACAAGCUCAAGCAACACUUGAAGACCAACUCUUGCUUCAAAGGAGAGAGAGGUCGAGCCUUCAGAGUUAAUCAUUAUGCUGGAGAGGUUCUCUAUGAUACAAAUGGGUUUUUGGAGAAGAACAGGGAUCCGUUGCCUGCUGAUCUUAUCAAUCUUUUAUCAUCAUGCGACUGCCAGUUGUUGAAAUUGUUUUUUACCAAAAUGCGUGACAAAUCUCAGAAGCCACUCAUGUUAUCGGACUCCACGAGCCAAACUGUUGGAACAAAGUUCAAGGGUCAACUUUUCAAGUUGAUGAGCACGUUAGAGAACACAAGUCCUCACUUCAUUCGAUGCAUAAAGCCGAAUUCGAAGCAGCUUCCCAGAGUUUAUGAAGAGGAUCUUGUCUUACAACAGCUUAGAUGUUGUGGCGUGUUGGAAGUUGUUAGAAUAUCAAGAUCUGGAUAUCCUACUCGUUUAACACAUCAAGAGUUUGCAGGAAGAUAUGGGUUCUUAUUGUCAGAUAAAAAUGUCUCUGAGGAUCCUCUGAGCGUAUCAAUCGCUGUUCUUAAACAAUAUGACGUUCAUCCUAAAAUGUAUCAAGUGGGUUAUACAAAACUGUACCUUCGAACUGGGCAAAUUGGUAUCUUUGAAGAUAGGAGAAAAAAAGUUCUUCAAGGCAUAGUGGGCUUACAAAAGCAUUUUCGUGGUCACUUGUCUCGUGAAUACUUCCAAAAUAUGAGGGCUGUAGCAUUGGUUCUUCAGUCAUAUGUACGAGGUGAAAAUGCCCGAAGAAAGUUUGAUGCUGAAGCAAAAAUCCAUGCAGAUUCUGAUUCUGAAACAAGCACAGAUGAGUUGACUGCAGUCAUACACUUGCAAUCUGCGGUUCGUGGAUGGUUGGCUCGCAAACGUUUUAAUAGUAUGCAAAGACAGAAAGAAUUACUCAAUGUGACGACGAAAUCAAAGAAGAAAGCAGGCAUGAGGAGUUCAGACGACAAGGAUAUUCCUCUGGAACAGUUCCAAGUCCAACCAAAAACUAUGUCUGAUCUCCAAAAGCGAGUAUUGAAAUCUGAAGCAGCUUUAGCGCAGAAGGAAGAAGAAAACACAGCAUUGAGAGAGCAGUUGAGGCAAUUUGAGGAGAGAUGGUCAGAGUAUGAAGUAAAGAUGAAGUCAAUGGAGGACACAUGGCAAAAGCAAAUGUCGUCAUUGCAGAUGAGUCUUGCCGCAGCUAGAAAGAGUCUAGCUGCAGAGAGCAUCACGGGUCAAGCAGGAGGACGACAAGACACAUCAAUAUCACCUUUCGGGUAUGAAUCAGAGGACACAAUGUCUACUGGAACUCCGGGAGUAAGAACUCCCACUACUAAGUUCACUAACGGAAACACUCCUGAGCUCAGAAUCAGAGAGCUUAACGGAAGUUUGAACGCGGUUAAUCAUCUCGCAAGAGAGUUUGAUCAAAGGAGACUCAAUUUCGAUGAAGAUGCAAGAGCUAUUGUGGAUGUGAAGCUUGGAGUUGGACCGCAGGCAACUCCAAACGGGCAGCAACAGCAACAUCCAGAAGAUGAAUUUAGGAGACUGAAGCAAAGAUUUGAGACAUGGAAGAAAGAUUACAAAGCUAGAUUAAGAGAUACCAAAGCAAGACUCCAUAGAGUAGAUGGUGAUAAAGGUCGUCACCGGAAAUGGUGGGGAAAAAGAGGCUAGGGUUGUUUAUUAGUGUGUGUGGAAUCUUCCAGUUAGCUUUGUAUUAGACUAUUAGUAUGUCGGAUUCAAAAUGUUAGAUUGAGAGCAAUGUAGAUUUUAGCUGCGAGACAUGUAUUGAUCGACUACUAUUGUGCAUAGCAGAUAGAGAUUUGUAAUUUGAGAGGAACAAGAAAGGUUAUGUU